GCAUCAGUUAAGUUCUUAUUUUAAGGCUGCUUUUAAGAAGUUGUUCAAUUAUUUUAGCUCACCUAAAACGCGCUUUUUUUAUUCCAUCGCCACUCCGCAAAUACCUAUUUAUACAUAUUCUAUAAUCCAUUCUUCUCAUCAUCCAAUUAAUCACACACACUUUUGACUUUCCAUUAUAAAAAGAGAAAAAAGAAUAUAUCAAGAACAACUUCAUCUUAACACAAUGAGUCACAAUAUUAAUCAACAACAAUCUCCCGUUUUUAAAAAAUCAGUGAUGGCAUAUCCAGCAAUAGGUCAAAACAACUCUCAAGCAGCUCCACCACCACCUAUGGGUUAUCCUACAAAAGAUGAUCCUCAACAAAGUGUUCCAAUCAAAACAACUAGUAGGGGUGAUGGUUUCUGGAAAGGAUGUUGUGCUGGAUUAUGUUGUUGUUGUGCCCUGGAUUGUUGCCUCUGAUUGAAUUGAAUAUCAUACAAUACAACAUGAUUUAUAUAUAGAUUUGUGGUUGCUAUCAUGUUUUUUUCUUUAUCUUAAUUAAUGUAUUUAUUUUUGUACCUUGUCUAAUAAGGAACUUUGUAUCCAAUGGGUGCAAGCAAAAACUCGUUACAAUGUUUCCUUUGUAUUUGUGUCAUUGCAAUUUAGAACUAUAAACAUUUUAUGGGUUCUUUGUUGAGUGAGUUAAUUAAUGUGUGUUAGUUAGUUCACUCAUAAGAAUAUUUCAGUUCCAAUUAAUAUGUUGUAAUUAAAAGUAAAAGUUCUACGUGAAUGGAUAAUAUAGUUUUGGUUUUUAAUUUUUUA